AUGAAGCUCGAUCCUACUUCAUCUUUUAUUUCAGCCACUAUCGCAACGAUAGCAAACAUUAUCUUCUCCUAUGCACUCACCGUGGAAAAAAUCUACAAUGGGAACGGACUUUAUGCUGUCUACGCUAACCAGUCAGUGGUCUGGCAGUAUAAUGUAAACGAAAUCUUCGACUCCGGAAUCACGUGCACUUGGCUCAGCAUCUGUUUGGCUCUCGUUGCCGGCUGGUUCUGGCUUGCGGCUGCCUACGUGCAGCCUCCAAUCGCCUUCAAGCCGACUCCUACAGUCUAUCAAAGGCCGCCCUUCUACACAACCAAGUCCCAGACCUGCACCUUACUCAAAGUAGGAGCAACUGCAGAUUGA